GGCGGCAGCGCGGAGAUCCAGCCGCUGCCUGCGCUGCACCCAAGCGGCGGCCCGCACUCGAGCUGCUGCGCGGCGGCAGCCGCCCCGAGCCUCCUGUUGCUGGACUAUGACGGCUCGGUGCUGCCUUUCCUCGGGGGCCUGGGCGGCGGCUACCAGAAGACCCUGGUGGUGCUCACCUGGAUCCCGGCGCUGUUCAUCGGCUUCAGCCAGUUCUCGGACUCCUUCCUCCUGGACCAGCCCAACUUCUGGUGCCGCGGGGCCGGCAAGGGCACCGAGCUGGCAGGUGCCACUGUCACCGGCCGGUGGGGCGACAUGGGCAACUGGACCAGCCCCCCGGCCACCCCCUUCUCCACUGCUGCCUGGGGGACCGCGAGCAACCGAAGCAACAGCAGCGACACGCCACCCCUUCCGUCCCCUCCGGGCAAGGGGAACAACGACUCAAAUUGUGACUGCCACGCUUGGGACUACGGCAUCCGCACUGGCCUCGUCCAGAACGUGGUCAGCAAGGGUUGGUCGGCGGCCUGUGCUGCUGUUUUCCAUCAUCUUCAUCCUGAUCUUUGGACUGACUGUGGCACUGUCAGUGAAUGUGACGAUGUUCAGCACACUCAGGUUCUUUGAAGGAUUUUGCCUGGCCGGAAUCAUCCUCACCUUAUAUGCAUUACGAAUAGAGCUGUGCCCUCCAGGAAAACGGUUCAUGAUUACCAUGGUGGCAAGCUUCGUGGCCAUGGCAGGCCAGUUCCUCAUGCCGGGGCUGGCCGCGCUAUGCCGGGACUGGCAGGUGCUUCAGGCCCUUAUCAUCUGUCCCUUCCUGCUCAUGCUGCUCUACUGGUCGAUAUUCCCCGAGUCUCUCCGAUGGCUAAUGGCUACCCAGCAGUUUGAGGCAGCAAAGAAGCUGAUCCUGUACAUCACACAGAAGAACUGUGUGAGCCCUGAGAGCGACAUCAAGGGAGUGAUGCCCGAGCUAGAGAAAGAACUUUCACGGAGGCCCAAGAAGGUGUGCAUCGUGAAGGUGGUGGGGACGCGGAACCUGUGGAAAAAUAUCGUGGUUCUAUGUGUCAACUCGCUGACAGGCUACGGGAUCCACCACUGCUUUGCAAGAAGCAUGAUGGGCCACGAGGUGAAGGUGCCGCUUCUGGAGAACUUCUACGCCGACUACUACACCAUGGCCAGCAUCGCACUGGCCUCCUGCCUGGCCAUGUGUGUGGUAGUCAGGUUCCUCGGGCGCAGGGGAGGGCUGCUGCUCUUUAUGAUCCUCACCGCCCUGGCCUCACUUCUGCAGCUUGGACUCCUCAACUUGAUUGGCAAAUACAGCCAGCAUCCAGACUCAGAAUUGCAGCUGAAGUUGGCCGUAGGGAUGAGUGACAGCGUCAAGGACAAGUUCUCCAUCGCAUUUUCUAUCGUGGGCAUGUUUGCAUCCCAUGCAGUGGGGAGCCUCAGCGUGUUCUUCUGUGCAGAGAUCACCCCCACAGUCAUAAGGUGUGGCGGGCUGGGGCUGGUGCUGGCCAGUGCAGGCUUCGGCAUGCUGACAGCACCCAUCAUUGAGCUGCACAACCAGAAAGGCUACUUCCUGCACCACAUCAUCUUCGCCUGCUGCACGCUCAUCUGCAUCAUUUGCAUCCUCCUGCUGCCUGAGAGCAGGGACCAGAACCUGCCCGAGAACAUCGCCAACGGGGAACACUACACGCGGCAGCCAUUGUUACCACACAAGAAGGGAGAGCAGCCCCUGCUGCUGACCAACGCGGAGCUCAAGGACUACUCCGGCCUGCACGACGUGGCUGCCGUGGGUGACGGGCUGCCGGAGGGGGCCACGGCCAACGGCAUGAAGUCCAUGUAGCUCGCUGGGCCACACCACCAUUCCACCAGUCCCCUGAGGCGUGAAGGGCUGGGGAAAGUUUGCACACGGAUUUAUAGACCAGAGAGAAGACACAUGGCUGGGGGAGGAAGCCCAACUCUGCUGCUGACUCCACUCAAUCGUAAGACUUUCAACUGGUGUGGGGAAUUCUGUCUUUCCAGACAUCCGAGGAACAGAUCUGAGAGAUCAGAUGUUUUGGAAAUAACCCUUUGAAGACUUUCUUUUCUGCCAUGAAAUGUUUGUAUUUAUUUUGGUCAUUUUUACGAGAAGCACUUUAUCCCCUUCCCUCUCGCUGAUCACGAAGUGGAACCUUCUUCAUGAGUGAGGCAGGGUCACUCUGAAGGAAGUCCCUGUAAGUGACCAAUGCAGUGGCCAGUCCCCUCCCCGGAGGCCAGACUCAAAUCUCCUCCUUCUCUCAAGGAGACAGAGGUCAUCUGUAGGCCAGGUCCCCUACCUCCAGGCUCGCUGCCAUGGACAGUUGUGCCUCUCAAGUGGAGCAUCCUUGGGACUACAUUUUAGACAGAGGAAAAUGUACAUGAAUUGUUUUUUUUUUUUUCUAUAGUCUGUAUAUUUUAAAGUUGGGUUUUUUGUUUUUUUUCCUUUCUGUGUGUAAGGUAGUUUCCAUCCCAUGUUUUGGGAAAGCAGCCCCCAAGUGUCAUAAGAGCCAGCUUAAUCUUUCUUUCCUUCAGGAUCAUCCUUUUGUACUUGAUCUGGGAGUUUUUGUGGGGAAACUUCCAUACUUCACCAGAAAUCCUACAUGAGGAGAAAGCACCAGUUUCCUGACACUGGGUUUCUUAGUUCAGUCCACAGUAGCUGUUGUGUUGAGGUCUGAGACGUUUGUUUCUGUUAAGACACUUUCCCAGACUGAGUUCCAGCAGCAAAGGCCCCUCUUCCCCAGUCAGCUCUGUUGCCAGCACUACUUGAAAAUGUGGUUACUUUCAGAAUAACAGGAAAAUAACCGAAAAAGACAGCUAAGGCCAAUCCCAGGAAGGAGCCUUGCUCUCCCACAUACAGCCGCCACCCACAUCUCCAGCUCGGAUGGCUGUCAGUCUGACAUCACAACAGUGCCCAUGGCAACUGGAGGCGCUCCACCUCAUGUCUUCCUCAAUGGCUUCCUGCCUGUCACUCACUCAGCACAAAAGGGCCCUGGGCAGGAGUGCAGGUUGCUCACGGGUGAGUCCACGUGGCCUCUUCUAGUCCCUUGAAAGCAGCAAGAAGUGAGAGAAAGCAAUAACUCACCAAAGCUCAACUCCCAUCCUGUGCCAGCCUCCCAGGAUGUCCCUUAUCUGUGUCCUUCAUCUUGCCCCAGACAGCAGGGCACCAGGGCUGCUGAGAAACCAGCCUCUGGACCUCUUGCAGUAGCUCAGGCGCCAGCCUCUCCGGGCAUCGUGGCUUCUGAUCAACCAUCUGCCUUGCCUCUUGCCUUGUGUCUCUACCCUGUGUUCUUCCAGGGAAAUCACGGUCUCAGGCCUAGACAGGCAACUAAGUGACUUCUAAGUGACAGUUGCUAGAAUUCAAAGGCCGGAACACGGUCGAGUUUAUCCCCUUCCAGCUCCUUGUCUGGUCUGUUUCUUACAGUCUUACCUGUUUCUCUUCUCCAUUUGAUAGAUACAUCAGCAGAAGCCAGCUGCCUUGAUCAAAACCUCAUGAGGGUAGUGAUGUGAUAUGCAGCCAUGUUUCCAGCAGCUGGGAUAUGUUCUCUUCAAUGCCUGGGGUCCGGAGGGUUUUGCUUGAGGACUAAUGUCUAGGAAGGAAGUUGUGUGGCCAGUCCCUGAUACCUGCUCCAAGUCCAGCUUAGCUUCACCUCCCUGGUCUCUUAGUCACCUCCUUCCCAUGCCUUGAUGUUAGUACACAUCCUCUUCCCAAAGCCUCUCUACAUCUGUGCAGCCUUUGCGUGCCAAACUUGUAAGAUACCUUUCACCUUUCCCAGGGCACCUGCUACCAAGUCACCUGGUAGCAAACUCUUGUUAAGUACAGAAUGAGACAUCUCAUAGUCGAGAGCAAUCUCACACUGGUUGUGCUAUCCUUCUUAAGAGCGCUGCAGAAACCGCUGGGGAGGUUGUGUCAAGGUCCAGCACUUCCAAACGUCAGGGUCUCCAACCUGCACCUCAGAUGACAAUGAUAAAAACACUGGCCAAGGCAGACAGUGUUAAUGGCUGCAGCAAUCACAGCCAACCUAUCAGGGAUAAGCAGAGAAGCUGCCAUUGAGGCAGGGGCCGAGGGACCACCAACCAGAGGAAGUUCAGAAGGCUGACUGCUGGCACUGUCCUGACCUUCAUGUGGCAACCUCAGGAGACUGCUGAGUGGUUCAGUUUCUGCCUCAGAGUAUGGAUACCUGAAGUUGCUAGGACACCUCAUGAAAGGUAGCCAGAACAGGGAAGAUUGCUUGUAGGCAAGCUUGUGGUGUGGUCUGAUCAAGUCAGAAAGGCAGCAGGACACCCAGGCCUCAGACACUCGGGACUAGCUCCAUAGGAAGAUGGCGGCAGUCCAGCUCCCUGAUACCAAGCUAUCAUCCCUAAAUUCAGGCCUGUGCUCCUGUGGGUAGCUGCUUCUCAGGCACUGGCCCUUUGUGUUGGGCCCCUCCAUCCCUGGGGAACACUAGAAGGUCUGUACUCCUACUUUCCACCCACCCCUGCACCUGUUUUCAUAACUUACGCACAAAUGUGAACACCCAAGACAGGGCUGGAUCAGUUCUUCGUUUUGCUCUUUAUUAAGUCAAAUAUUAUGAAAUAUCUAAUUAUUAGCACCCAAGACAAAUAGGAAAAAGGUUUAGAUGGGGUUUUAUGUGUGUGUGUGUGUGUGUGUGUGUGUGUGUGUGUGUUUUAAGACUAUAAUCACCUGCAACUGGAGGCCAGGGCUGAUAAACGGGUUUGGCCACCAAAUGGAAAGCAAGCAAAACCAGACCUUGUGAAGGGAGUAUCCCACGCAGUCAUGACUACACUACUUCCCAGAGCCAAACGAGGAGUCCUGGAACUGGAGGUGCCAUUCAAAGACUCUCGUGACCGUUACACAGCCAGCCCCUGGGUGGCACACAGGUUGAGGGAGCCCACACUUCAAGUCCUCCUUGUUCUGAAGGACACCACCUCACUCUGAUGUAUUGUGUGUGUUUUGGAGCAGUGUGUUGUGUCUAGUGAGGAACGCUUCCCUACCUCUGUCCUCUCUGCAGCCCGACCACGCGUGCUUCUACUCUAGGAGCCGCGUGACUGUACGUGUGGACCGGGGCGGUACCUGUUCACAGCACAAGUUUAUGUUGAGCUCUGAACUGUCAUUCACAGCUGCGUGUCUGCAUGGUGUCGCAUCUGUUGUACCUUCGGGGGAGAUUUGUAUGUAAAUGUACAGAAAUAAAAAUGUUGCCCCAUUAACAGAUUUCCUCUGGAAUGUCUUCCCUACCUCACCUGAUGGUGUCCACGAAGGGCAUUUCAUGACCACUGAGGACGCGUAAUAAAAGCCUCCAUGUUGAUCAGACCUCCUCGCCUCACUGCUUUCAAGGCUUCUGUCAGCGGCCUUCACCUGCCCUGGGAUGGUGGGGCCUCUCAUUCUGCUUUAAGAGUCCUAGUCUUAGAGGGCAGUCAGAGGCUGAGAUCGGAUUAAACUUAAAUGUUUAUGUGAUUCUCAAACCAUCUGAGAAUUAAGCACAUUUAAGAAGAAUUUUUUUCUCAUUUGUGUUCUGCUAAUCCGUGGCCUGAGGAUUCCUAGAGAGGUCAAGGAAUGACUAUCUACACUGUGAUUCUGUGAGGAAAGACUGAUAAUCCAAAACUCUCUUCUCUAAUGUAGUAUUUUUUAACAAGAAAACAAUAUUUCUUUAAUAAAGCAUUUAUACCAAA